AUGUCUUCCAACUACAAUAAUCAACCUCCUGUUGAUGACGAUGAAGAGGAAUAUAUUCAACAAGGAACUCAAAAUAUGAGUCCUCAAGAGAGACAAGUCCAAUACUUGAAUCAAGCCAAGGAAGUUGUGGAGGUUGAGGCUCACAGAAUGAUCAGAUGUUUGGACAAGAAUAAUUUAAAUGCUGCUUUGGAUCACGCUGCUAAAAUGUUGAGUGAGUUGAGAUCAUCAAGUCUUAGCCCAAAGAAUUACUAUGCUCUUUGUAGGUUUUUCCGAUCAAACAAGAUUUUUAUUGUUUCACUUGUUGUGUUACUUAUGUAUUCAAUACUUUUAUUAUAA